AACGGUGAUUUUCACGUCGAAGACCGGCAUAGCGGUGGAAGAGAGAAGGUUUUCGAAGAUGCAGAAUUGGAGGCAUUACUUAAUGAAGACUCGAGUCAAGAAGAAUUGGCACUAUUAUUGGGAGUGACUCAACAAGCAAUUUCAAAACGCCUCAAAGACAUGGGAAUGAUUCAGAGGCAAGGAAAUUGGGUGCCAUAUGAGUUGAAACCGAGAGAUGUUGAACGGCUUCAAAAAUUGCAAUAUUUAAGAUCAUCGUUGACGGACGAAGCCGUCCAAGUAAUUCAAGCGCUAGAGACUUCAUCUCAGAAUUACGACGUAGCUUGGGCCCUUAUAGUAGAACGUUACGAUAAUAGACGAAUAAUAAUCCAGACUCACAUUCGCGCACUUUUUGAAUUGCCGGUAAUAACCAAGGAAUCGCCAACACAAUUACGGUCGUUAGUCGAUGCUGCUUUAAAGCACACACGAGCGCUCCACGCUCUUGGUCAGCCGACAGAAACGUGGGACGCGUUGCUUUUUCAUCUGAUAACGUCAAAGCUUGAUCGAAAUACCCACAAGGAAUGGGAACGCUCUCUUGAUGGCACUAAUAUGCCCUCCAUUGACGAUUUCUGGAAAUUUCUAAAAAAUCGUUGUCAUGUUUUGGCGAGUGUGAAUCAAGAAGUUUUGAUCCAAUCCAUAAAGAAUCAAACGCAAUCAAACAAUGCGCGAUCUAACUCAAAUCAAAAGACACAACAAAGUCUCGUAACAGCGCACGCUAAGAGCGAAUGCGCAUUUUGCAAACAGAGUCAUAACAUAGUUUUAUGUGAGCAGUUUCUCAAAUUGGAUCGGAAUGCGAGAUCUGCCAUGGUGAGGUCCCUGGGGCUCUGUUAUAAUUGUUUGAGGCCGAAUCAUGUGGUAAAUAAUUGCAAAUCCGGUACGUGCCGUAAAUGCAAGCGUAAGCAUGACACUCUUCUCCAUUUUGAAAGCGAUUCAGCCGUUCAAGAACCUACUAAUUCGAGUACAGUAAACGCUAAGCCAACCGCAAGCCUUCAAGCCAUUGUCACAUCACAAGUUCUUUUAUCAAUGGCAACAAUACUUAUAGUAAACAACCGCGGAGAGAAUGUAGAAUGCAAGGUUUUACUAGAUAGCGGAUCUCAAUCUAAUUUUGUUACCGGGCAAUUGUGCAAUGCUUUAAAUCUUACAAGGAAAGAAAUUAAGGUCCCAGUUUCGGGUUUCAAUCAGGGCUUAACGCAUAUCAAAAAUUCUAUCUCAACUACUAUCAAGGAUCCGAGCGGACGAUAUGUAGUUAAACUACCCUUUAAUGAUAAGAGACACGAACUUAGAGAUUCUUAUCAAACAGCGUUAAAAAGAUUGUAUUCUUUAGAAAGGCGGCUAGAGCGGAACCCUCAAUUAUACGAGGAAUAUUCUAAAUUUCUCAACGAUUACAAGAAGCUUGGUCAUAUGACUGAAGUCUCAGGUUCAGAUGCGACGGAAGGCGGAUAUUUUAUUCCACACCAUCCCGUUUUCAAGCGUGACAGUCAUACAACAAAACUACGGGUUGUUUUUGAUGCUUCUUCAAAGGGUAACAGUGGCAUAUCUUUAAACAAGGCCCUCCUUGCUGGCCCAACUAUUCAGGAAGAUUUGUUUUCGAUUAUCACGAGAUUUCGGAUCCACCGGUAUGUAUUAAGCGCUGACAUUGAAAAAAUGUACAGACAGAUUCGUAUUCAUCCUGAUGAUCUCAAAUAUCAAAGGAUAUUAUGGCGUGGAAAUCUAAACGAAUCAAUCAAAAUAUUCCAGCUAAACACGGUCACCUAUGGCACUGUUUCAGCUUCAUUCCUCGCCGUUCGAGCAUUAUUGCAAUUGUCCAUAGAUGAAGAAGAGCGUUAUCCGUUGGCGAGCAAAACUCUUCGGGGAGACUUUUACGUUGACGAUCUGCUCACCGGCACAUCUAGCAUCGAGGAAACGCAAGAAUUGCGAGACGAACUCAUUGAACUACUGGCCCGUGGGGGAUUUCACCUUCGGCAGUAG